AUGAGAGCAGCCGUGGGCGGUGCUGGCAAUGCUGCAGCGGGCGCUGGCACGCAGCGGGGCGUGAGCGGCAGCUGCAGGCGCCCGGCUCCGCGGCUAGGAUGCCUGAGACAGUGCGGAUCCAGCUCGCACGGACUGAGUUCACCCUUGUGCGCACGGGAAUCGAGCAGGAGAGUCUGCGGCAGCCAACGGAGCAUUCCGACUCGGGCCGGCGCGAAGACGCCGGGAGGGGACUUUGACGAUCUGUGGACCGUCAUGCCGGCGGACGACGAGCCCGCGGCCCGCGGCCCUCCCCCGCCCGCAGACGACGACUUCGAUGGCUGGGCAGUCUUGGAAUCAGGCCCCCCUAUGUCCGGCGACGACGACUUCCCCUCGCCGAUCGACGCGAUCGCGCGCAUCGCCGAGGAGCACAGCGUCGUCGACACCGACACCACCACCGACGCCACCACCGACGACGACGACGACGACGGCGACGACGGCGACGACGACGACGUGUGGACCGACGUGCUCGCCGCGGACGCCGCCGACUCCGGCGGCGAGAGCGAGGAGGAGAUCUUCAGCGUCGACGGCGGGUGGCAGCUCGACGGCGCUGAGCUGGCCUCGAUCCUGGAGAGCGCGCGGCUCGCGGAGGACGAGGACGAGCUCGCGGACCGCGGGGAGGACUACGCGCGCGCGGCCGCGGCGCUCGUCGCCUCGAUGGGCUCCGGGGCGAUCGCGGACCUCGGCCGGCAGCAGCAGGAGGCACAGGCGGAGAAGCGGGCGCUGUCGAAGCUGCGGCACGCGCGGGGGAGCCCGAACAAGAUCCACCGGCGGCUGCGGAUCAUCGCGGGCGCGGCGGCGGGCAAGGCGAUUUACUCCCCCCAGGACGACCGCACGCGGCCGAUGAUGGAGAAGGUGCGCGCGGCGGUCUUCUCGAUGCUGCUGAGUCAGGUCGGGCCGGACGGGCGGUUCCCGCCGGGCGUGCGCUGGCUCGACCUGUACGCUGGGACGGGGUCGGUCGGCCUCGAGGCGGCGUCGCGGGGCGUGGAGGAGGUUCACUUCGUGGAAAUGGACCCCUGGGUGAUCAAUAGGGUGCUGGGGCCGAACAUCAAGAUAUGCGGGGCGGAGCGCGCGGCGACGGUGCACAAUGCGAAGGCCGAGGCGGUGCUCGCGCGCGCGGAGAAGGCCCCGCGGAGCCUCGGCGGCCCGUUCGACUUUUUGAGCGCCUGCCCGCCGUACGAGAAGGUGUCGUGGCCGGAGAUGAUGGCGGCGCUGGACCGGACGCCGCUGCUGCACGACCGCUCGUUCUGCCUCGUGGAGUAUCCCCAGAAGGAGUGGGCCGCGGUGCCUGACUCACUGGGGCCCCUAGUCAAGUUCCGGGACCGCCGGUACGGCCGGACGUACCUCGCGCUGUACGGGCCCGAGGACCUCGUGGAGCUCGACGCGUAG